AUGUCUGAUGACCUAUCUGCUUCGGGCUCAUUCAUCGACGCCCCCUCCGCCAGCUCACAGCCGUCCAUCAUUGAUAUACCUUCGAACAACGCUGAAGAGAUGGAUUCCCUACCAUCUUCACCAACGACGGACGACUCCCUCAGUGUGUCCGACGACGACGAAUAUGCUCAAGCCGAGCGCGAAUGGAAAGAGUCAUUGCAGCAACUGGAGCUCCUGUUGUCCAUGGUCAUAGUACCAUAUCUGGGCAAGUAUUUUGGCCGAAAGUUCGCCUACUAUGGCUGGAAACGAUUUAUGGAAUGGAAAUACCCUGUCGAAAUUGUCGUUACGAACUCAGCACGAUUCAAGGCGGUGGGAGCUGUAGAAGCAGCCGCAAGCUUGUGA